AUGAGCAGCCGUGUUCUUCACGACAUGCUUAUGCAAGCCUACGAGCGGCUUCAGUCUGUUGCUGCUCAAGAUCAAAAUACUAAUACAAGUGAUAAACAAACAUCUUUAACACUCAUUUCAGAAUAUUUAGAAAUUUAUACUUUACUUGAAGAGUGUUACGAUCAAACAAUUCAAACACAACGCAGAACAAACAUCCAUCAGUUACUUCAAGCUGUCGUAAGUCGUCUUCUAGAAGUAAUUAAAGAUGCUCCAUCCGAAGAUGUUGGUUUCAAUCCAAAACUUUCCAAAUGGGAGAAUAUCUCACAAGCAAUUAUGGCACAAACCCUUACAAAUGAUAUUGAAAUCCCAAUUCCUCGUAUUGUUAAAGAUCUUCAAGUCACAUUCCAGACAAGAGAAAGCACAAUUGCAAAGGAUGUCGAGCAUUUCAAAGAAUACAGAAUUGCAGAAGAGAUGAAGCAGCCACCGCCAAUGCCUCUUGAAGAAGCUGUUCUCAUUGUCCAAUGUGCAGAGAGAGCACGCCGCGCUCGCCACGAAACAAUCAUAAAACGUGGUGUACAGCAGGAAACUGUUAAGAUUGCUCGCCAAUCAAGGUUCUCUGAUCGUGAGAAAUCCGCCAACAUCAUCAAACGUUUCUGGUGGAAGUACGGCGCACGUAACAAAGACGGCAGAUAUCGUGAGCAAGAAAAAGAACUCAUCGGAAUGAAAUCAACAGCAAACAUUCGCGAGUUACAAAUGAAAAUCAUCAAAACAAUGAUGGACCGCAAAGAAAAGCAGAAAAUCUAUGCGAACGAGCUCCAAGGUGCCGAAAAAAUCUCAAAGCGUUGGCUCGAAGACAAUAAAGCUACAGAUGAAAUCCGCAAAUACGAUUCUCUUGCUGCCAAGUACUACAAUCGCAAGAAACUACAGAAAAAGCCUCUCGAUAUUAAGCACGAUGUUAUCCUUACACUUGCACAAGAAAUCGAGAACGGCGAAGAAGAAGAUCCAGGAUUUGACGAAGUUGUUCAGAAGAAUGUCGAUGCUUUAGUUGAAGCACAGAAGAAGAAGAUGCAGCCAAAGGACGAAAAGAAGAAAGAAGAGAAGAAGCCCGACAACACAAAGAAAGGCAAGGACGCUCCCGUUAGUGUUCUUUCACCUUCAGUUCAAAAGAUUGUUGACAAUCUUGGCGAAUUCGAGAAACUUUGGGGUCCUGAAGCAGAUCCAUCUCCUUCUGAUGACAUUUCCAUCGACCUUGUUCGCAAAGAAAUGUGGGAACAGAUGGUUCCUGAGCUCAUCCAGAAGACACGUGAGAAACUCAUCAGAGAACUCAAGAACUUGAAGAUCUUAGAUGCAAGGAGAUGCAAGAAGGCAAGACCACCACGCCAGAGGAACAAACGCCAGAGAAAAGUCAAAGAUCCAUUCGGUGGAAAAGAACCUGAACAAGUUCUCGCUGAUUUCGUUGGUUACGGAAUUAUCAAGAACGUUCCAACGACAACAUUCAAAGACUUCGUUGGCCACUACAACACAACAGAUCCUGGAGAUUACGGUGACCCAGAUCCAUCAACUUCUUACGCAGCUGUUAGAAACAACGUCAUCAUUGAAGGAGUUUUGCCAUUUGCUGCUGACAGAAACAUGGCUGGAUUGCCAAAUGGCCUUUUGAUUACAGGACCAAAGGGAUGUGGCAAGACAACACUUGCUUAUGCGAUUAUCAACGCUUUAGGUGCUUUGUUUAUUGAUUUGUCUCCUGAAGUUUUGGUUGGCAAGGAAUUGCCAUCAGCAAAGCAAUUAAUUACUCAGGUUAUUGCUUUCGCAAAACCUUCAGCUCCUGCUGUAAUUUUGAUAGAUGACAUCGACUUGAUGUUCGGAAACAGAAAGCGUGCGAACAGCAGCAAGAAGUAUAAGAGCCAGUUCCAGCGCAACCUCAAGAAAUUGAAGCCACCAAUGAACAUAUUCUUAGUUGCUACAGCAUCUCAAGAAAUUGCUGCUGCAGGUAUGAAAUUGUUCGAUAGAAAGAUCGAAAUUCCAUUCCCUAACUUCCCAACAAGAGUGGCAAUCUGGAAUCACUGGUUAGCAAAGAAAGGCUUACUGAUUCCUUCAAUCUCUGUAAAUGCUCUCGCAUUCGCUAGCGACGGAUGCACUGCAGCUACAAUAGCUAGAGCUGUAAACAAGGCAGAAAGAGUUAAAGCUUCAAGAACAGAGCCUAAAGACCCUAUCACUGAUACAGAGAUUUUAAGUUUCUUAGUAGAGGGUCCGGCCGAAGAAUGGAAAGAUGCUCAAGUUGAACCAAAGAAGAAGAAGAAAGCAGCUUAA